UUGUGAGGCUCUGGUCUGGGCAGGUGUGGAGAGGGGGGAGGGGAGGCCCUGCCCAGCCAUGGGGUUUGGUGUGGGGGACCUGCCUACAGAUUUCAGUCCAUCUUAGGCCUGGAUGUCUCACCACCCUAUCCUUCUGGUAAGGACUAGAACCAGGCUGUACACGGAGCCUCCGGUGGGUGGGGUGGGGACUAGCAUGGAAGUGCACGCCCACCUCAGAGGCCUGGCCAGGGGACUCCAGAGAAGGGAUGGUCAAUAAUACAGCCCCUUCUAGAAUCUGCCACCCAGGGCUUCUAGAACUCAGACGCAGCCCAGCCUGGACGCCACCUGGUGGUGAUCUCCUGCCUGUUGCCUGAGAGCUCCAGCUCCUUUCUGGACCACAGCCCUGGAAACUUUCUUCUCCCAGGUAGGAGUGCGCCUGUGGGCAGCGGGUCACGGUACAUGAGGCGCCCAGCUGACCACCUGUGCCUGACCCAGGCCCAGGCCCCCAAGGGCCAGGCCAGUGGCCUGCCCACGACGUCUCGCGGCAAGCGCUUCCAGCUCUGGGCCUUAGGACUCUUCUGCACCGAGCGCCACCUGGCCAAGCGCCUCAAGAACAACAGCUUCUACCCAUUCACACAGCAGCAGCCCCAUGUCUUUGUGCUCGAGUACUACCUGGACACGCUGUGGAAGGGAAUGCUGCUCUUCGUCGUCUGUCUCUUCCUUGUCAGCUUCGCCUACGGAAGGUGCUUCUUCCAGCUGGUUCUGUGCGGCCACAAACUGGAGCCUCUGGUGCUGGUGCAUCUGUCAGAGCGCUACGAGCAAAUGGAAUUCCUGGGCCGUCACAUCGCCCGGAAACUCAACAUUAACUACUUCGACUGCCUGGACACGUCCUACCGGCACGUGGUCCGCCACUGGCCGCUGGGGGUCGCCUUCAGCCCAGGCAUCGUGCAGCGCAAGACUAGAGACUACGACAAGCCAGGUUCUCAGCCUGACCUGGACGUGUGA